AUCUCGCAUGCAGGCAGCAGCGUGUCCCAAUUACCAUCGCGCACAGCGGCGCCAUGCACGCACGCACGCUCUCCCCACAAUCCCCGCCCCUUCACGCGCUGGCGAGUGGCGCCUUUUGAUCUAACCUGCCCGAGUUUGCCUGAUUGCUUCUCUGUUCCCAUUCCCUUUCUACGCACACUGCUGCGAAACCAGUGCUCCUCACUGCAAUUGUACCACACCGCUAGUGGGCACAGAUCGGCCCGGCUAUAUAUCAGUGAGUGCGCACGGAAACAAUAGACAGUAGUAGUACGAGCUGCAGCGCUGUAGGCUAGCUAGCUGCCAACCCACCGACGCUUCCAUGGCUUCCACCUCCUCCCCUCCUCGCCACCUCUUCUUCCUUUUCGCGCUCGCGUUCCUCGCAGCUGGCGCCGCCGACGCGUGGCCGGCGUGGGGCAAUGGCCGCAUGUUCUUCAGCAAGGCGACGCGCCCCGAAGCCGUCGAGCUUGACAAGGUGGCGGUAGCGACACCGGCAGCGGCAGCGGCGCCGGAUGCCACCAACUCCAACCGCGCGUCGGAUGAGUUUUCUCGGCCGUCCAGCGGCGGAAGCCACAACCGCGGGUACGGCCUCUACGGCCGCCCGGAGGAGAGCUACCCGGAGGCCUACUUCCGCCGCGGCGUGCACCACGACGCCGAUAAGCUGACGACCACCAGCGCGGCGGCGGCCACGGCCGAGCAAGAAAAAGAGGAGGAAGCGACACCGGCAGGCGACGACGACGCCUGGCUUGGGUACCCCGCAGACGGCAGCGGCAGGGGGCGGCCGCGGCCGUACCCGCGCGGACAGCAGCAGCAAACGACCACCACCAAUGCGGCGGUGGCCACGGCCGAGCAGGAGGACGCGGCGCCGGCACGCGACGGCACCGGGCUUGGGUACAGCGAAGACCGCAGCGGCAGGGGGCGGCCGAUGUCGUACGCGCGCAUGCGCGGCGGACAGCAGCAGCAGCAACAGCCGCAGCAGCAAUACGGGAUGAGCGACACGAGGCUGUACCAGAACGGCCGGUACGGCUACGACGUGAACACCGGCAAGUACGGCUACGGCCGCGAGUCCAACCCGGUGCGGACGCGGCCCGAGGAGUUCAACGGCGGGAGGAAGUUUGGCGGCAAUGCGGCCGGCGGGCAAGAGUACGCGAACGGCAACUAUCAGGAGGAGUUCGGCGUCGGCCACCGUGCCGGCGAGCAGGUGAGGAGGUAUGGCAAUGGCAAUGUGGCCGGGCAAGAGUACGAAAACGGCAACGAUCACGAGGAGUUUGGCAUCGGGCAGCGCGCCGGCGUGCAGACGGGGAGGAGGUAUGACAAUGCGGCGGCAGGGUACUACGACGCGAACGGGCAGUACAUUCCAUGAGUAUCUCAAUGAUGUUAUACUGCGAAGCGUUUGUAGUACAGUGGUAGUAUACUCGCGUUCACCUCCUUGUGUGCUGGAAGUAAGUUAUGUUAGGUUACUUCGAAGGUAGAUCGAGCUGGUCGCUCGCCCGCUCUCGUACGUGCGCUUGUUAUGGGGUGAUUGAAGGGAUGAAUCACUUUUGUCGGAUAACUAGUGGAAUGUACUCGUCUCACUGUACAAGAAAUAAUGCAUGCUACAGUACUAUAUGUCACUACAACUUUUUUGCCAUUGCCGUUCA